UAGAUUUGAUUAGACUGCAUUUUUAAAGGGGGAUUUUGAAUCUGACAAGUUUUCACUUCUCUAUUUUUCAAAUUUGAAAGUACAAGUUUCUUUUUCUCAUAAACGGAGCACGAUGGACACUUGUGUUUUUCUCCUUGUUCUUGUUUCGCUGCCCCACAUCAUGAUGUCUAUUGUUCCUAAAGUCACAUCAUUUCGGGCCGUCGUGGAGUUAGUCUCAGAGAACUCCAGGAUCUUCUCUGGGGAGAGUCUGCACCUCAGAUGCAGCAUUCCCGAUGUCCAUAGGUCCAACUGGAGCGUCGAGUGGUUCAGGGGUUCUGAGAGGCUCCCAGAGAACGGGGAGAACUUCCACCUGUGGAACGCACACAUAAAAGAGGCCGGAAAGUUUUCUUGUCAAGGUGCAAGAAAGUCGGUGGUAGGAAUCAUAAGAACUAUGCAAAGUCUACCUGUGGAGAUUGAUGUGGAUGGAGGUUGGGCCAUCCUCAAAGCCCCCUCUCAUCCCCCUCUUGUUGGGGACACGUUGACGCUGUCGUGCCGCCUCAGAGGAAACCCCCCCGUUCAUGAGACAAUCCUCUACAGAGAUGGAAUUGAAGUGAUGAGACAAAGCGGCCAAAACUUAAGCUUCUACUUGAGCAACGUGACCCUUGAGGAUGCAGGGAUGUACUCUUGCCGAGUCUCCUGGGAUGCGAGGAGACGCACAUACUCUGUGAUCUCAGUUAACACAAUGGUGAACAUCUUAGAGGUUCUGUCACACCCUUCGAUAGAAAUCUAUGCCAACGUCACGGUGUUUAAAAAUAACAAGAUGAAGCUCAUUUGCCACGUCCAGUACAACGCCCGAGCUCCUGCCCCUCCGGUCCAUUUCUAUUUCUACAAGAACAACAGACAACUGGGAUUGGCAAAAUCCAAGAACAGCGAAAUGGUAGCAGUGGAUCCAGGGCAGUACAGCUGCAGGGUCAAGGUGCCACAGUUGAAUCUGGUGAGGUGGAGUCAACCCAGCAAUUUUGGAGAAAUGCCAGAAUAGAGACGAUGCCUCAGCAUCCUCAUCCGAGACACCUGCUGCCACCUGAGAACCCAAAGCUGUCUCCAGAACUCCUCCAAUCGUCUUCUCAGCUCAAUCACAUCCAUCUUUUGACAAUCUUAUCAUAUGUCUAAGGUCUCUCCAAACCAUAUCAUCCUAGGAUAAUGGCUUUCUCAUAUUAGCAACUUUUCAGCUUUUAUAAUUAUUUUACAACCCACUUUGUACUAACAGAAUUCUAAACUAACCUGGAUGCAACUCUCACUAUUGUUUGAAAAAUAAAGCAUUUAGUCAAUCAUA